AUGUAUCACUUCCUUGAAUCAUCAAUAAAACAUUUCUUUUAUGCAAUUGAUGAAAUAAUGUAUGUUUAUUGUCACUUGCUUUUCAUUUUCGCACGAACUCACGUUUUUGAUAACGCGACGUUAGUAUAUAAAGAACGUGAAGCAAAUUUAACAUUGCCAAAUAACGAAGCUCCUUCAAGCGUUGGGUUCAGAUUGUUGGAAAGAAUUGAGAUUGUGAUUUACAACGUCAUUCGGUUACGGUGUCGUUCAGGACACUGUCAGGACCUAGAGGUGGUCCCAAAAGUAGAUUCCACAAAUACUAGAAAUCCAUGUAAGAAUUCGUGUACAAGUAAUCAAAUUUGUGUCGUAAAAUCAGAUUUUAAAGGAUGCAAACCGACACUUUCCAUUUUUAUAGCUUUAGAAGAAGUUGGCUGCAAAUCAUCAUUUUAG